AUGUUUGACGAGAUGUGUAAACGACAUCAGAUUACUUAUUUCAUAUACGGCGGGACGCUCCUCGGCAGUUUCCGCCACCACGAUCUGAUCUCUUGGGACGAUGAUGUUGAUGUUAUCAUCCCAGUGAAGCAGAAACCUCUCUUGAUAGAUGCCAUGCAAAACAUUGAAAACAAAUACAAACUCGUCACAACUUCAAGGGAACAUUUCAAAAUAUACAGCAAGCAGAAAUCAGAAAUUAUGAAUCUUUACUUCGAUUGGGCAUGGCCGUAUCUUGAUGUGAGCUUUUACGGAGAAAAUUCCACUCAUAUCUGGGACAUAGCCGAAACGUACGGAAGAAGUUACGAGUACCAGAAGGGUUACAUCUUUCCGUUGCACUUGAGACCACUGGGAAAGCUUUGGCUGCCUUCCCCUCGUGAUUCUUACGCGUACUUGUACUACACGUACGGGGCUUCGGACGACUGCGCCAUGAACCAUUACGUUCACAAGAUAGAAAUGGUUGUCUGGUGCAAGGAACUAAAGAGAAAAUGUAACAAACUCAAACACAAGUAUCCGUUUGUUUUUAGAGAAGAAGCAAAAGGCGGCGUGAAGGAAACGUUAAAAAUGAACGGCACGGUCAUACAUUCUUACAUCGUACAUGAACCGACGUAUGCUGUGACGAAGCCUUACAGUUUAUUCCUUGACGAAAAGGUUUACAGAAAGCAUUUCAAUAAAGGGUGA